UGGUCCUCCCCGGGACUCUGGGCAGGAGUCCCCGUUCAGUUCUUCCCCCUCCAAGAUGGAGGCGUUAGGGGGCUACCCUGCCAAGUCCUCCAACCCCAAAGCAAAGAAACUGACGGUGCUGUUGAGCAUGACGGUCGGUGUGGGCUGUUUGUUCCUCCUGCAGACGCAGCUGGUGAAACCCAGAAAACCGAAGGAUUUUUACUCUUUCGAGGUGAAAGACGCGAAGGGGAGGACGGUUUCCCUGGAGAAGUACCGAGGAAAAGUAUGUCCACAUCAUCAGCUGUCGUUUCAGUUUGGCAAGAAAUCGGUUCAAACUUUCUCCCACUCAGAUCCAGCGUCCUUGGUUGUAAACGUGGCGAGUUAUUGCGAGCACACGGAGGCGAACUACAGGUUCCUGCAGGAGCUCCACCGGGAACUGGGCACCUCUCACUUCAACGUCCUGGCCUUCCCCUGUGGACAGUUCGGGGAGACGGAGACCAGAACCAGCAGGGACAUCGAGGCCUUCGCCAAGUCCACCUACGGAGUUACUUUCCCCUUCUUCAGCAGGAUCAAAAUAAUGGGAUCAGAGGCUGAGCCUGCCUUCAAGUUCCUCACAGAUUCUGUGCAGAAAACCCCAAAGUGGAACUUCUGGAAGUUUCUGGUGAGUCCAGAAGGGAAAGUGAUCCGGUUCUGGCGAACAGACGAGCCCAUGGAAAGCGUCCGACAAGAGGCCACAGCGCUGGUGCGAGAAAUCAUCCUGAAGAAACGGGUGGAGCUAUGAUGGCGCCUAGCGACGGAUGCGGGACACGUUUUGUCCGUGUCGGUGACUGAACUGUUUCCAGUGAGUGCAGUUUGAGACGUCUCCCUGCAGAAACAUGCAGGAUGAGAAGAUCCACUAGUGUCAGUCGCAAAGGCAAUGAUAGUCAUGCAAGGGCAGGCUGGGGUGUUUGUGUCCAUUAAUGUGUGUGUGAUGGCACCAUCCUGUGGGGAAUGACAACAGUCGGGAUGAACAUUCCUAAUAAUGACCACUGCUGCAGCUGAAGGAUUGUUUAGUCUUUGACAUGUUGGAUUUUUUACAAAUGUUCAGUGUGCCUUAUUUUGUACUUUAUACCAUCUCUUUCUAAUGUUUACAUUCAAACCUGUUUCUUAAGAUGAAGCAUUUUAGCCCAUUUUGAGACCAUCAAAUUGUUUAACAUUCAUGCAACAAUAAAAUGAUUUCAUUUUGAUUUGA